UAUGUUUUUUUUUUUUGAUAUAACUGUAAAUAUCAUUAGAAAAUGAAAAGCUUAGGGUUUAUACAAGAUAAGACCUAUAGAAUUUGAAACCUUGCCAAAAAAGAAAACCUUGCCAAAAAAGAAUAAAAACAAGGCAUCAAUCAAAUUUGAAAACACAAGAGUGAGAUCAUCUAAUCCAAAGUUGCAUUAAGUUUCCAAAAUGCUUCCUUUGUCUUCUAGCCGAGAUAAUGUUUCUGAUCUCUCUAUCAAUCAUCUUGAAAGUGGUGUGGUGAGGUUGCUUUCGCUUGCGAGGGCUAAUUACCGACCUUAUGGCAUUGACUUUCCCCAAGGUACAACGGGACGGUUCACCAACGGUCGCACCUACGUUGAUGCACUAGCUCAAAUUCUUGGAUUUCGGGCUUACAUUGCACCAUAUUCCAGGAUUCGUGGCCAGGCUAUACUUAGAGGUGCGAAUUUCGCAUCUGGUGCAGCUGGCAUUAGAGAUGAGACCGGUGACAACUUGGGUGCACAUACUUCUAUGAACCAGCAGGUAGAGCUGUACACGAGCGCGGUUCAACAGAUGCUUCGAUACUUCAGAGGAGACACAAAUGAGCUGCAAAGAUACUUAAGCCGUUGUAUCUUUUAUUCGGGAAUGGGAAGUAACGAUUAUCUCAACAAUUACUUCAUGCCUGACUUCUACUCAACCAGUACCAAUUUCAAUGACAAAACCUUUGCAGAGUCUCUCAUAAAGAACUACACGCAACAGCUCACGCGGUUGUACCAAUUUGGAGCUCGGAAAGUGAUUGUGACUGGAGUGGGACAGAUCGGUUGCAUACCUUACCAGCUCGCCCGCUACAAUAACCGUAACAAUAGUACUGGCAGAUGCAACGACAAGAUUAACAACGCAAUUGUGGUGUUCAACUCUCAAGUCAAGAAACUAGUGGACCGUUUCAACAAAGGUCAGUUGAAGGGAGCAAAGUUCGUUUACCUUGAUUCCUACAAGAGUACCUAUGAUCUAGCUGUCAAUGGAGCUACUUACGGAUUUGAGGUUGUGGACAAAGGUUGUUGUGGGGUGGGGAGGAACAAUGGUCAGAUCACGUGUCUGCCGCUGCAGACCCCGUGCCCUGACCGAACCAAGUAUCUCUUUUGGGAUGCGUUUCAUCCGACAGAGACUGCUAACAUAUUGCUGGCGAAAUCUAAUUUUUACUCCCGAGCUUACACUUACCCCAUCAACAUUCAAGAACUAGCCAAUAUUUGAAGAAAUAAGAUCUUGAUCUUCCAUAUGAGUGCAUUUAAGGCUUUUUAUAAAGUGUUUCUCUUCCUAUGUAUUAACUAAUGUUUCUUUGAAAUAACUAAUGUUUCUUUGUUUCUGUAUUGUUCCUCUACUUAACUCUCAACUAUGAGAGAAACAUAUGACACAAGUGCUCACUUUGAUACCAAACCUGACAAAAGCCAAAGUUAAUAGAAUUGAUUCUAUGAA